AUGUCUGUCAUGCGCCCUUGUUCACGAGUCGCUACUCGUGCCGCCUCUUCAUAUCCCUCCUGUGUGCGCACAUUCGCCUCGUCGACACCACGCGCCGACGAGCCCAAGCGAUCUGAUGUCUUCGGAGGUCUGCUGGAGUCACUCAAAGCCACAAGCGACAGAGCCCGCCCGAGAGCCCCCCCAAGAACAACUACACGUACCAUGCCAUACAACUCACAGGAUUCUGGCCUUGCCAGAAACGACCCUCACAAGCUUUUGGAGCAAACUGCAAGAGAUCUCAGGAGAAACAGACAGGACGAGGCCACAAUGACUGCCGUACAGGAGACGGUCGACUUUGAAAGACAGAUGACACGCAAGUGGAAGGAUGGAGACGUCUAUGCCCCUCACGAUCUGAGCGGUGUCGAGAUGGCCAAGUGGCAGAAAGGCCAGCCAAAGGGUAGACCGAAGAAGGAUGUCUUUGAUAUGUUGAAGAUCAAUCCCUUGAAUCACUAUUGGAUGGGCAAGAUCAAGCACUCCAAGGACACAGGAUUGAGACCAGUCAACCAAAGGAAGGUGGCCAAGGCAGUCAGAAGAGCUAUCGGCCUUGGUUUGAUGCCCAGUGUGCACAGGCAUCCCGAGAUUCUGCAACCGAGAGGAGCUCUAGGCCGAUAG